UUCCGGCUAUACUGUACCUACUGUAAAAUCCCAUUGCUCAAAUUAAACACUUUAGACGCGCCACAAUGAACACAAGGGUCACUUUUUGAGUUAGUUAUGCAGAAACAACACCGACAGCACAUGUACGUGUGUUUUUAGGCUGCUAUGAAGGGAGUCUAUGGGUUUUCAACAGUUAUUUAUUCUUUUAUUUUGUCCGCUAAAGGAAAUGAUUUGACUAAAUAGAUGCGGCUUGACGCAUUUCAGCUCGCCGUCACAGACAGUGAUAUUACAACACGUACCAGUCUAAACAUGACGUCACACAAGUUCUCUCAGUGACUGCACUUACGUCAAAUUAGGGCUGAACAAUUCACUGAAACUUGAUCAUAAUGCAGUAAUAUUUGUUAAACCCUCAAUGUGUGUCAAAUUACCUUUUCAGAUUAAAUUACUGCUCUGACAUACAUGCGUCAUAUUCUACUAAAUGAAGAACAUAAUCUCACAGAUCACAAAUAUUGCAGUCAUUAUUUUAAAUGUUAUUACCAUUCUCUCUCAUAUCACUUUUCAUUAUCAGUAAAAAUAAUUGCAAUCAGAUACUCCAACUUUGGACACAAAAAAGUGACAAUAAUGUGACAUUUGCUUUGAUUUAAAGCUUAUUUUCUGUAAAAGUGGUAACAUUGACUGGUUUAGUUAAUGCAAUGUUACUCAUAAUAGCCUAGUUAAUAAUAUUAUAUAUGGUUGAAUAAGGACAGCAAAGGAAAUACUGUAUGUGAUAUCUGUAAGAUUCAAUGUCUUUUGGAGAACUGUGACAUGUAUGAAUGAGAAUAUAGACAUCUUUUCAGUGGUGUAGUAUAAAGUAUAACUCAAAAAUCUGAUACCUCAUUGUAAUCGCUUAGUAACUCUGGUUUGAUUGCCAGUUUCACAGUCAGCUACAGUCUCGUCCGAACUAAGGAACAAACAAAGGAAUACUGGAUUGUGUAGUGUCCUGGAGUCCCAUCUGAGUGCUGGACAGUAUGCUUAGAUACGAUAUACAAAACAAUACACAAAUCAUUUUAUCAGUGACAAGUGGCACUUUGAGGUUACCAAUUGUCUUUGCACUUACUGUCAAAACAAAGUCAUUUUCAUUCAUUUAACCUGUAGAACCCUGAACAUGUGUACACUGUAGUCAUGUGAAGUAGCGUCUAGCUCUCUGUGGAGCUGGAGAAUGAGUCUGUGUUUGCUUUCUCCAGUUUUACUCCCUCCCCUUUAACCUGUGCCAAGAAGGCAGCGGUAAUAAGAACUAUAUUCAGGAGCCUUUGCUCAGAUCAGUGAGUCCAAGCCGACUGUUAUCCAGCUCUCAGCUGAUAUAUUCUGCCUCAUAUUCUGGGGUGUUUAUAUAUUUAUAUUUUUUCAAUUCUUUGUGGGGUUCAGCCGAGUAUCUGAGACAACAUCAUGAACUGGGGAUUCCUCGAGGGUCUCCUUAGCGGGGUGAACAAGUACUCGACAGCAUUAGGUCGUAUCUGGCUGGCCAUUGUUUUCAUUUUCAGGCUUUUGGUUUUCCUGGUGGCCUGUGAGAAGGUAUGGGGCGACGAGCAGAAGGACUUCGACUGCAACACCCGGCAGCCCGGUUGCUACAACGUCUGCUAUGACCACUACUUCCCCGUGUCCCACACUCGCCUCUGGGCUCUCCAGUUGAUCUUUGUCACCUGCCCGUCCCUCCUUGUCACUCUGCACGUGGCCUACAGAGAAGACCGCGAGCGCAAGCACCGGCUGAAGCACGGAGAAGACUGCACCCCUUUGUACCACAACACGGGCAAGAAGCGAGGGGGUCUCUGGUGGACCUACUUCCUCAGCCUGCUGUUCAAGGUAGCGGUGGACGCUGUGUUUGUCUUCCUUGUCUUCCACAUCUAUGAGGCCACGUUCUUCCCUCCAGUCAUCAAAUGUAGUGAAGACCCAUGCCCGAAUGUGGUGGACUGCUUCAUUGCCAGGCCAACAGAGAAGAGGAUUUUCACCAUCUUCAUGGUGGUGACCAGCUUUGUGUGCAUCAUCCUCACUCUCUGUGAGAUCGUCUACCUGUGUGGGAAGAGGUUCUGGGAGUGUUGUGGAGGAGGGUCCCCCUCCGUGAGGGAAAACUCCUUCAUGAUGACCAGAACUCCUCUAAACGGGAAGGAAUACUCGCUGCACAAGGAAGCUGCCCCCGAGACGGCCAAGAUGUUUGACGGAAAAUCGGAGAAAGCGAGCUCAGCCCCGGCGUACAGCAUCGCUGUCUCCUGAGACGUUGACAUGGCAGCAACUGCAUGCAUUCUUUUGUACAAUGAAUAAAGACAGAUAACGAUUGUACUGUGUUUUCUAAAAUAAAUGAGUAUUUUGUGAA